AUGUUUCGCUGGUUCCGACCGCUGUCCGCUCCGGACGAGAUCUACGCGUCCAGUCUCCAGACGCUCCAUCUGGGCCACGCCCUCUGGUACCCCGAGCCGCACGAGUCGGGCGAGCCGCAGAUCGGCGAUGUGGGAUUCAUGUUUGAGGGGGCGUUCAUCAGGUUGUUCAACCUCGACACGUCUGCUGCCGAGAAGAAAGUCACGUUCUGGGACCCGCCGUACAAGAUCACCGAGCCCGUGCCUCCAGACGUAUUCAAGAUAGAUCGCAGGCGUCAGCCGCUCGUCCCAGGAAGUUAUCGUAGCCAUGGGGUGGAGAGCAAGGAGAUACAUGCCUCGGCAGAUGUGACGGCUGGUCCCGGCGUAUCUGCGACUCUCGAAACCAGCUACACAUGCAAGGCGGUGCAGGGCGCAGUAAUCGUCCUCAAAAGCGAGGCGCACGCCGAAAGGAUAUUUGAGGAUCGUCGGCUGAAGAAGCAUAUCGUCCAGAACCAUGGCAGGUGGUGCGCAUAUGUCAAGGACGAGCUCUUCAAGGACGUAAAUCCGGAAGAUAUCGUCGUAGUCAGCGGGUGGGUUAAGACUAGAGCGAACUGGGCAGUGAUCGCUUUUGGAAGCACAAGCACGACCUCCAGUGCCUCGGCAGAAGGCCAUGUUGGUGGGGUCGCGGGGGUCGCAGCAGGCGGGUCGCACUCGAGAUCCGUGACGGGUCCCAGGAUGGAACGGCAAGGUCAAAGCUAUUUGUCGAAAGCAUCCAGCCCCCAAUGCGCCGGGGGAAAGCGAGACCAGUCCGUAUUCGUGAAGCGAUACAAGAUGCUGAAGCGACUGGGAUUUCUCCGGAAGGUCGUCGCAGGCGCUGGCCACGACCGGCUGUCAGGUUCGGGUGACGGGCGAAGUGGUUCGGGGGCAGAAGGAGUCACCGCACAGGAGGGCGGAGACGGGGAAAAAGCGGAUAUCUUAGGGCCUAGGAGUAAGGGCAAAGUCGCAGAUCCGCUAGACAUCCUCCUGGAAUACAUAUUGGAGGUAAGCAUGCCCCGCAGUUAUCUUCGCCGUGCUAACCGGGCAGCGCAUUUCUGCAGACUUCCAACGCCGAGGUUGCUAUUGCAAGCGAUGGCGAUGUUGAGAGCAUCAUCGUACGUGCCGCACGAAUAUCUCAAAGUAAAAUCACUCACUUCUACUUAG